AUUGAAUUAGGAAUAGCAAAACAAGUUUACCAAACAAGACCACAAAUACUUAUCAUUAUGCCAAAAUCGUUGAUUCGUAUUAAUUUAGCUGGUGUUACUAUUGGAUCGGGAGAGCAACAGAAACAAGGGUGCCAAGAUAACCCAGGAUAG